AUCCCUCUCGCGGAGGAGGAUCGCGGUGGUUUGGUGGAUUUUAUCGGGGCUACGGGCUACGGGAGUUCAGUUUAUGAACAGGAUGCGGUAAUGCGUGAUCUUUUGGCUUGCGUCUCGUCGGGGCAGACGAGAGCCCUCGCGUGAGAGAACGUCAACGUUGAUACUCGUGAUCGGUUUAACAAAACGCGUCGUGUGUAUUCCUCGUGUUAGUAUAUAUGCCGUUUGAGCCGAAGUUUCGCUUUUGUACUGUCGUUCGAUCAUAUUUUUCGUGUAUUCGUUAUUAUUUUAUCCGAUAUCGAAACUUGGACAGAAUUGAAUAAAAUGUAUCUGCGUCCGAGUGGCGUUGUAACGCGGUUAAAAACGCAACACUCGUAAAUAAUAAAUAAACGUGACGCUUUGGGUAAAUUUUGCGCGAGCACUCGCGCCAAAGAGGUGUCUCGAGCGGAACAACUCCGAUAGCGGGAUAAAGAGCGAGAGAGUUGGAGAGGGAACUUGAGACUCCGAGAAAGAAGGAGAGAAAAGUAUCGAGACAACAAGGUUUUGUGAAGAGCGAACGAGAGAGACGGAUAAAGCGAUAUCGGCGUUGUUUGGAGCGCGGCUGGAGGGGCAGAGAGGGAUCCGGAAGUUAAGUCCGGAAAUAAUUCAUACGUAUAUCAAUACAGAGAUAUACGUGUACAUAUGAAAAUAGUACAGAAAUAUCGUGCUCGGAUAGUUGAAUAGGAUUUUGGCCCAAGAUGUCGUCGAGCGGUCACAGCAGUCGUACCCGUUCGGUGCACAUAAGUUCGAUAUUUCAAAAGAUACAGGGACGUUUCGCGGACGCAAUGACACCGCCAAAGCUCUCAACCGACAAGCGUAUGCUCGACAAAACGUGGAAACUCAUGGACAAAGUUGUCAAACUUUGUCAGCAUCAACGUAUGAAUUUGAAAAAUUCACCGCCCUUCAUUCUCGACAUAUUACCCGAUACUUAUCAACGUUUGCGUCUUAUAUACAGCAAAUAUGAGGAUCGCAUGCAAAUAUUGCACAGUAACGAGCACUUCUGCGUAUUUAUAAACAAUCUUAUGAGAAAGUGCAAACAGGCGAUAAAACUAUUUAAAGAGGGCAAAGAAAAGAUGUUCGAUGAGACCUCGCAUUACAGGCGCAAUUUAACUAAAUUGAGCCUCGUGUUUAGUCACAUGCUCUCCGAAUUAAAAGCUAUUUUUCCCAACGGUGAAUUCGCCGGCGAUCAAUUUCGCAUCACCAAAUCCGACGCUGCUGAAUUUUGGAAGGAACGCUUCGGUAACAGCACCCUCGUUCCAUGGAAAAUAUUUAGACACGAGCUUAAUCAAGUGCAUCCAAUUAGCUCGGGGCUGCAAGCUAUGGCAUUGAAAUCCACGAUAGAUCUCACCUGCAACGAUUAUAUUUCUAACUUCGAAUUCGACGUCUUCACGAGGUUGUUUCAACCGUGGUCGACGUUGCUUCGAAAUUGGAAAAUCCUCGCGGUGACGCAUCCAGGCUACGUGGCUUUCCUCACGUACGACGAGGUCAAGGCACGUCUGCAAAAAUACUGCAUAACUAUACCAGGAAGCUACGUAUUUCGAUUGAGUUGCACGAGAUUGGGACAGUGGGCGAUCGGAUAUGUCACGUCCGACGGUGACAUACUCCAAACUAUACCGCACAAUAAGAGCCUUUGUCAGGCCCUUCUCGACGGUUAUCGAGAAGGAUUCUACCUUUAUCCUGAUGGACGGAACGUUAAUCCGGAUUUGACGUGGGCAGUUCAGCCAACUCCGGAGGAGCACAUCAAAGUAACUGCGGAGCAGUACGAACUGUACUGUGAGAUGGGGAGCACGUUUCAAUUGUGCAAAAUAUGUGCGGAGCACGACAAGGAUGUGAGGAUAGAACCUUGCGGUCAUCUCCUUUGUACGCCGUGUCUCACGGCUUGGCAGGUAGAUUCGGAGGGACAGGGUUGUCCGUUUUGUCGAGCUGAAAUCAAGGGAACGGAACAAAUAGUGGUCGAUCCGUUUGAUCCUCAAAGAACUCAUCGGCCCGGUGCGCAAUCGGCAUCGGCGAGCAACGCUUCGACCCCUACGCGGGAUCUUGACCCUGACACCGAGGAGGACAUAAUGGAGGUUUGCAAUGGGAAUUGUGGCUUGAUAUGCGACGAUUCGGACGACGAGGACGAUUUGAGCCCGGUAAACUCGCCGGUUCCACCGCGGGUGCCAAGAAUCGUUCCAACUUUGCCACCGAGGCGACCCUCUCCAUCGCCAACCCCACCGAACAGCCACACGAGAAACAGUCGUCAUUUGACAGUCCCCAAAGAAAAUGCACCUCCCCCCCCGCCUGCAGUCACUGUCAUUUUAUCAUCCAGUGAAAGUCAUCAGAAUAACAAAGCCAGCAUAGAAGCGAGGUACGACAUGCUGCACAGAGCGUCAUCCCCGUCGCCGGUGCCUCCGGCAAUCGUGAGACCGCACGUACGAGUACAGCGAACCCCGCCAGCAUUGCCGGAAAAGUCGAGUCGUCAAUUAUCGAUUCAGUCAUCAGGAAUGAGAGUUCCACCGGUUCCACCUCCACUCUCAGCUCCGAGGCCUCCGAAAACGAUAAAAGAAUCCUCGAGGCAAGAUCACCAUUAUGAGAACACGAUAAUAAUUCAAGGCACGAAACAGCACGUCGUGAAAAACAUUAAUUUUGAAAUGAAUCGUGCUCGUCUGAGCGCCCUCAUGAGGGAAAGGGGAGAGGCUGGUGGAUCCGUCCCAAAGUCCGAAACAGCCGCGUAUGAAAACGUCAACGUUGAACACAUCGCUCGAUUAACCGCCCUCGGCUUCGAAAGGGACGCUGUUGUCAGAGCCCUCGGUAUCACGAGGAACGAUCUCGAAAUGGCUUGCGAUAUUCUCCACGAAUUUGUCACAAAGUCCUAUUGACCAGACGAGCACACAGAUGUUCUGUGACCACCAAUACCGCCGCGGCGAUAUCUCUAAUGAAAAUGACGAGGAACGAUAAGGAAAAAUGUAGAGGAAAGCAAACGAUUCUUGAAGAUUGUUUUCGAAAAAUAAGUCCAAGUCCCCAGCAUUUCUCUCCGCACUGACCACUCAUGAUGACAUCUUACAAAGUAUAACGAGAAAGAUUAUUAUCCAGAAUAAUCGAUAGAGAUCGUUCGAUUGAAAAACAAUUUCAUCAAACGAUUUAAAAUGGGCCAAACCUGACGACGAGAAGAGUGGGUAAAACCGAUUGAUUGACAAACGAAACGAACAACAGGUGUUACGAUUCGAAGGGCUAGCCGCAUUCUUUUGGGAAACUUUAUCAGUCGAUUGUCACUUUUAUCUCGAUCAAUCGAGAUCAUUCGAUUAUUUAAACAAUUGUGUCGUUAUGGGAAGCCCGAAAAUGCACAUCUUUUCAAAUUAAAUGUACACUUGGCGAAUUUCAAACCAAGUUCAUGGAUCGUCGUGACCUUUCACAAUUGUAUCUUCUUCGUGUAAAUUCAAACUACAUCGUUUGACCACGAAAUUAUGAAUGUUUCGACUUUUUAGACAUAAUUAUCAAUGUCUUGUUGGUCAAUGUACUCAAAAAAAAAAAAAAGUAAAAAAAAAUCAUCGAUAAAUUCCGCUCAAAAGUAGACAAUCAAGAUAUUCACUGGAAGAAAAAACACCAAUAUUUCGUUCAAUGUAGCUGAAAAUUGGCUUUCGUUUUUCGAAACUACAAAUAAGCCAAAUUUUCGAUUCGCUAAUCUAACCGAAAAUACGAAUGACAUAAAAAUAGAUAAAUGUUUCAACUCAUCUCAUAAUGACGAUAAGAAAAUGUUAUUGUCGAUCGAUUUGGCUUGGAAAUCCCAGUGUAAAUGUGUGUAUACGAAAACAGGAAUUCGCUCUAAUCAUUUAUUUACGGAGACUAUAAUCAAUACCUGAGUGUUUCAUUCGUUUAUCACGCUAAGUAUGUGUUCAUUUGCGCAAUCCUGAACGCUAGUGAAGCGUGAGCGUUGCAUCGGCGUGUCGAGUCUUUUUAUGUCAAAAAUAAUUUUCAUUUAAUUUAAUUUCGAGCACGGAGUCGUAUAAAAAAAUAUAUUGCGCCUUGUUUUUUGCUCUUCCAUCAUUUGGCCGGUUGGAUCGUCCGAACCGAGCACUUUUCUUUCCUGUGACUAGUCGAAUAUCGUGUGAUGCGAUAUAAAAUGCGUUAAUCAACAUAAGAAUUCAUGUCUAGGAGGGACGAAAAAGUUCAUUCGUGCUGAUAUAACUCGUAACGUCAUGUUUAUAGUAUUUAUUUAUUUUAGCAUAUUCGUCAAAUGUGAUAUUUAUUUUUAACAGACGCGUACGUAUAAAAUAGCUGAUGCUCGUCUCCAUAUCCCCCGUGUUACGUGUUCAAUCGAUGUUCGAUUAGAAAAUUAAAGAUAAAUUAAUUGACGAUAUUUGUGAAUUUGAAAAUAAGGUAACCCGAACGAAUGCUGGUGAUUUCUGAAAUCUAAAAGAACAAAAAAAUUAAAUACUAUUUUAUGCCUCUUCACGUUGAACUCUGGUAAACCGUGAUUUUUGCACAAUUUUUUCACUCUACUAUUUUAACGCCGAUUCCACGAUUAUACAUUUACGUAUAACACGUCAUUCACAAUUGUUUGGCGCGAAAGAUAAAAUCUCGAUGAGCCAAAUCGAUUAGUUGUAUAUCCGGCUAAUUAUAUCCAUAGAAACAAAAAUAUUCGAUGGCACACGUAUAUUCGUUUCACAAUUAAUGUAACUGAAAUGAAAAACAAAGAAACUAAGAGAGAAUCAAUGGAGAUACGAACCUUCGUCCCUGUCUAACACUGUACAUACAGAAACUAAUUUAUUUCAAAUAUAAAAAAACUUCGUUUUUCUUUCUUUCGUUCGUUUAUUUGUUUAGUCAUUAGAAAAAUCCAGUUGACAUCAGUACUGUAUAGAUUCGAGUUGUUUCAAUCGACAUUUGGGCCAACGAACACGAAAUUGAGAGUAACAUUUGUUCUAUGAUUUUUCGAUACUCGUGUGAACUUGAAGAAAUAUCAUUGAAGCGUAGAGAAAAAACGUUCGUAAAAUUCGUUUAUUUUUUCGUCGUUGGAAAAUGGAACAAUUUAUGAAUAAUAAGUUCUCAUAGAAAUCGAAUCUAGCGACGAAGCGCUGAAAGGGCGAGAAAAUAUUGAAAAUCAUUCACUUUUACCUCUAUAUGCCUGUUUGUCUAAUGCAACAAAAUAAAAGCGAAAGAAGGAAUGAAAAUGCGAUCAAUUCGUAUCGUAGGUCGACAGAGAGUUGCAAUAUUUCGUAAUGUGGCUUCAUCCUCGCCAAUGGCGUCGAAUUUUCUCGAUAAAUGAAAUAUAACGAUAAACAAUUUGUGUCAAUAGAAUGCCACAUUGCGAACGAGUGAAGGAAAGACAAAUAUUAAGGAAUCCUCGAAUCUUAAAUAUUUCAUCUGUACACAUUUAUAAUAGCUAUCCUAUUUUUCUACAUUUAAUAAUUGUAUUAGUGUACCCUCCCUCCCCCGUGCGCGUUGUACAUGCGUCGUAGAAAAAGAAAUUUUGAAAUUAAGUCCAAACGAUAGGUGGUCAGCAUCACGAGCUGGCAGAGAAUCACGCGAUGGACCUUAAUCUCGUUCAUCCUGUGAACAACGGUAGCGUAUUACACUGAAGAAUCGACAAAAAAAAAAACAAACGAAAAGAACCUAUCAAUGUCGUGCAAUACAUAGUCUAAAUACUUUCUCAUUUGUUUCGACGUCCAUUCUCUGUAAACAUUAUUUUCAAUAAAAUAAUGAACAUUUAAUGUA